AUGUUCAUAGAUCUUGACACUGGCAACACGACUAAAGUGCCAGUCAAGAAACCUGCAGAACUACUGCCUCCCUGCAAGACGUGCCCCAGUGAAAUGGCGUUCGCCAUAAGUACCAUUUGGGAAAUCGUAAAGAGUGUGACGGCCGUCUUGGCGCAAUCGACCAGUCUGUGCAAGUUGUUGCCAGCGUCUUGGUUGGCCUGGAUCCCUGGGUGUUCGGAGUCAGCUGCGCUGGAAUCCUUCAGUAAGUGUCAGCCGGUCUCCAUCGCCAUCACGGCCGGCGGCGCCGUCUUCGUCUACCGCCCCAGCGCCACAAACAGGGCCGUCGUUAAGGGGCAUCCGUCCCUCGAGUGGCAGGACGAGCACUAUACGCUAGACAAAAUCUCUUAUGAUGAAAAUCCUUCCGAUAUACUCAGAGAAAAUCACGAUCUAGACUUCCGAUAUAUGAUUGUCUCGCAGACUCUGCCCGGGGACUUCGAGGCCGCUCUGAAAGUCCAGCGGUCUCCAUCGACAAAGGAAGAUCAAGGGGGCGCAUUCCCUGUGAAGAUGCCGACCCUUCAUGCUCAACCAACUGUAGGAUUGCAGGAAUACGUCGCUCAGAAGGACGUUUUUCUGGCCUUAAAUGCACCUACAGCCAUGACGAAGACGGUCGUUGGGGCUUGCAGCGUUACCUGUGGGAGGGGCGUCCGGCCCGUCGUCCAGGAGUGUGUGGACGUGCACACCGAGGAGGUGUUGGACCCCUCUUCUUGCCAGGUGUAUUCAGAUGCUGUAACCAAGUUUGAGGAAUGCGUUAUGCCCUCGUGCGGGCCUGCCAGAUACGAGGUUGAAGACUGGGGCACAUGUUCCAAGAGCUGCGGCAAAGGAGUGCAGUACCGCCGUGUGACCUGCGUGCUGAUGAUCAAGGACGAGGCGCGGCGCGACGGCCUCAGCAACGACGCCCGCGCCGUGCUCGUGGUGGCCGACGAGGAGUGCGAGGGCGCGAGGCCGCACCACGUCAGGGAGUGCGAGGGAACGUGCUUGCCAGAUAAGAUUCGCAAGAACUGUGUAAAGGAUCUGUGCAGAGCCUGGGUUGCUUCACAACUAAAUGGUUCACUGGAAACAGAGAAGAACCAGAAAUCACCUUGGUGUGAAAACAAGGAAGACUGCUUCAAUUAUGAUGACAUCGAGAUUUCCAAGGACUUCGACUACUGA